AAAUUUCUCCUUGCCAGCAGGAGCAACGAGAAGCAGCUGGCGUUUCUGCCCCUACAGUCACGGGGUUUGCUGUCUUUGGCAUUUAUCCCAAAGUUGGCCAAAAAAAGGCAGCUGUCGUCUGAGAAAGCAGAACGAGAUUCUUCUUGCAUAAGUCCAAUUUCUGUUAUUUUAUCCCUGUCUGUUCUUUUCCAUCCUGCCGCCCGCUGGGAGGCGCUGGGACUAACAGCUACAGCCGUCAUCUCGAGAGACGUCUGGGCUCCAAACGCUCUGCCAAAUUCAGCAGCCAGACCGACCUUCCUCAUACCGGCAAGGGCUGCGUUCACACGACCUGCAAACCCGGGUCAGGUCGCGAGUUCAUACGUGCAUUCCCAGCUUAGCGAUUUUUUUUUUUUUAAAAAAAUUUAUUUAGCACGUUGCAUGAUCCCGGCCUCUUGUAAUUUAGCCGUUGGGCUGGCAGGUUGUAUAACCAUCCCCUCCCCCGGUUGCCUAAUACCCGAAAACGAUUCGUCAUUACGCAAAAUCCCAGUUUUUCUUUCGGUUUCCGAAGCAGCAGCCGGGCAAUUCCGCAUCUCGUCCCGCCGACUCGUCUGGAAGGCUCGCGGGCGCCAGCUUGCAAGAGCGCAGAGGGAGGGGCGCGCGGUGACCUUCCCGAGCAGCAGCAGCAGCCGUCGCCGUAUCCCCGAGGACGCCGCCGUAACCCGGGGACAGGGCAGACCCUCCCCAAGCUCCAAACUUUUCUGCUCAGCCGGCACUAGACUGGGCACCAGGCGUAACUCACAGCCCCGAAGUACGCAACCCCGGCGUCUCUUUGCCCUUUGCCGGAUUUGCACCCGUCGCCCGCGGUCGCCCGCUUGCAAAGGCUUAAACCUCGCGGCGCCACCCACGGCGGCUCUUUCCCGGACGGAGAUUUGCACCCGUCGCCCGCGGGCUCCCGCUUGCAAAAGGCUCAACCUCGCGAUUUGCUCGACCUGCUCAAGCCGAUGCAAUUGCGAGACCCGCGCAACUUUUCUGCCCGGAAGCGUCCUCGCGGUGCCUCGUGGCCGCCAGGGGGCGCCUCUUCCCGGCCGGUGCUCAGCGCUCAGACGUGUGACUCUUGCAAGGGACGACUGUUCGCGUGUCUGGAAAGAGCUUAGGAUCGCGGGCUCUAGCGCUGGGGCCGGGUGAGGACGCAGCCCCAGGUGCAGACUUGGACGGGUGUGUGUGUGUGUCUCCGGGUCGAUGCCCGCUUCUCUGGAAGAUCGCCCGGAACGUCGGGACGGAGGCAUCGAGCAGCAGGUUUUGCCGUGGAUGUGACAGCCCCCCCAGCCCAAGGAGAACGUGGCAGGUGUGAAGGAGGAUCAGGGGCUCGAAGUUUUUGAAGGAUCCCUCCGUGGACCGAGUGGGCUAAGACCUCGCUGGCCGUGAUCUGAACCUGGGGGAUGUUUUCGCUGAUUUCUUGAGGGGGGUGUCUUAUAUUCCACCCUCCCCCAAAUAAUUCCAGAGAAUGAAACCAGUGGAAAUUGAACCGCGUGGAAAAAAGCGGCUUGGAGGAGAGAACGUGAUCCACGGUGCACGGAUUCAGAAGCUGAGCUGUGGCAUGCAGGCUGAUGAAGGCACCGACUGGUUACUCGAACUCCUGACCGAAGUCCAGCUUCAACAGUACUUCCUCCGCAUCCGCGAUGACCUCAACGUCACUCGCCUGUCGCACUUCGAGUAUGUCAAGAAUGAGGACCUGGAGAAAAUCGGAAUGGGGCGACCGGGGCAGAGACGCCUCUGGGAGGCCGUGAAGAGGAGGAAGGCUGUGUGCAAACGGAAAUCCUGGAUGAGCAAGGUGUUCACCGGGAAGCGGCUGGACUCAGAGGUGCCCCCGCUGCCCGCGGGUCUCGUGCCCAAGCAGCCCAGCCCAUUGGCCCUGGAGGAGGCCCAGCAGCAGGCCUUGACCUGCCUGAUCAGCGAGAAGGACCUGGUGCUGCUGGAGAAGCUGGGAGACGGCUCUUUCGGGGUGGUGCGGCGCGGGGAGUGGUGCGCCCCGUCGGGCAAGGUGCUGAACGUGGCGGUCAAGUGUCUCAAGACGGAUGUCCUGAACCAGCCGGAAGCCCUGGACGACUUCAUCCGGGAGGUCAACGCCAUGCAUUCCCUGGACCACGUCAACCUCAUCCGCCUCUACGGGGUGGUGCUCUCCAAUCCCAUGAAGAUGGUGACCGAACUGGCCCCACUGGGCUCGCUGCUGGACCGCCUUCGCAAGAACCAGGGGCACUUCCUGAUCGCCACCCUCUGCCAGUACGCCAUCCAGAUCGCCCGCGGGAUGGCCUACCUGGAGUCCAAGCGCUUCAUCCACCGAGAUCUGGCCGCCCGGAACAUCCUGCUGGCUGCGAAUGACCUGGUCAAGAUCGGCGACUUCGGGCUGAUGCGGGCCUUGCCCAAGAACAACGACCAUUACAUCAUGCAGGAGCACCGCAAGGUCCCCUUCGCGUGGUGUGCCCCGGAGAGUCUGAAGACCCGCACUUUUUCCCACGCCAGCGACACCUGGAUGUUUGGCGUCACGCUCUGGGAGAUGUUUACUUACGGACAGGAGCCGUGGGUUGGCCUGAACGGCAGCCAGAUUCUGCACAAGAUCGAUAAGGAAGGCGAACAACUGGGCCGGCCGGAGGAUUGUCCCCAGGAUAUUUACAACGUCAUGUUGCAGUGCUGGGCCCACAAACCGGAAGACCGUCCCACCUUCGUGGCUCUGCGGGAUUUCCUCUUGGAGGCUCAACCCACGGACAUGCGGGCCUUGCAGGAUUUUGAAGAACCCGACAAACUUCUAAUCCAGAUGAACGAUAUAAUCACGGUCAUCGAGGGCAGGGCGGAGAACUACUGGUGGCGCGGGCAGAAUAAGCGGACGCUGAAGGUGGGCCAAUUCCCACGCAACACGGUGACCUCUGUGGCGGGGCUGUCCGCCCACGACAUCAGCCAGCCACUCAAGAACAGCUUCAUCCACACGGGCCAUGGCGACACCAAUCCGCAGCAGAGCUGGGGCUUUCCCGAUAAGAUUGAUGACUUGUACCUGGGAAAUCCCAUGGACCCCCCGGAUGUCCUAGGAUUGGAUUUGAACCCUGCCAGGCCUACUCAGCUCCCAGGAAGGAUAAAAAGAGAGCCGCCACCUCGGCCGCCCCAGCCCUCGAUCCUUCUCAAGCAGCCCUUGUACGAUCCGGUGACCGAGGAGGACAACCCCCUGGCCAUCAGUCUCAAGCAGCUUCGCCUGAAGAAGACGUCCGGCCUGGGGCCCAAGGCCGGCCUCCCGCUCGCCAAGCCCUCCGCCUGUGUCUCGGGCACCCAGGUGGGCGAGAGGCUGCUCCUGCCCCGCUCCAAAGGGGGGGGCAGCGGUGGCUUCCCCGCUCACGAGGUCACCCUCAUAGACUUUGGCGACGAGCCCCCCAGCCCGAACCCCGCCAGGGACUUCUGCGCCCCGUCCUUGGCCCGCCUAGCCAUGGAGGCUUUCUCCUUGUUGGACAAGACCCCUCCCCAGAGCCCCUCGCAGGCCCUGCCCCGCCCCUUGCACCCCACGCCCGUCGUGGACUGGGACGCCCGGCCCCUCCCUCCGCCCCCCGCCUACGACGACGUGGCCCAGGACGAAGAGGACUUGGAGGUCUAUGCCAUCAACAGCGUCGACGGGCUGCGGGGACGGGCGCGGGGCAGGAGCUGGGCGAAAGGGGAGGUCGACGGCGGCUCGGCCCCGGAGGGAGACCCUCGUCCCGCUCUCCCCUUGGAGGACAACCUCUUCCUGCCCGCCAAGGAGAGCAAGCAGCCCAGCCCGGCCCAGACCACGGAGAUCUUCCAGGAACUGCAGCAGGAAUGCAUGAAGCACCUCAAGGUGCCCCUGGGUGGACCCUACGUGGCCGCCGUCCCGCGUCCGGGCGAGGACAAGCCGCAGGUCCCUCCUCGUGUGCCCCUCCUGCCCCUUCCUUUCCGCCGGAACGAGCCCGGACGCUGGUCCGGAGACCCGUCGCCAGCUUCCGGAGGGGAGGAGGAGCAGCGCCCGCCCCAGAUCCCACCCCGAGAUCGGUUGUCCCAGCCGGGAUCCCGGACUCCCAGCCCCAGGUCCCUCCACGGCGGGUCCCCCCAACCGAGAACCAACCUCUGCUCCCCGCUGUCUCUGGGGGCCUUCCUGUCCACCUCGCCCGGGAAGCCGCCCAUGCCCACCACCCAGAGCUUCGCUUUGGACCCCAAGUACGCCACCCCCAAAGUCAUCCAGGCCCAGGGCAAGGAGUGCGCCAAGGGGCCCUGCAUCUUGCCCAUCGUCAAGGACGGGCGGAAAGUCAGCAGCACCCACUACUACCUCCUCCCGGAGCGCCCGCCUUACCUGGACAAAUACGAGAAGUUCUUCAAGGAGGCCAAGAGCCCGGAGGAAAGCGGGGGGCCGAGCCGAGUGAUCACCACGGCCACGGUGCGGCCCAUGAUCCAGCAGAAGCCGGCGCCGGACUACAAAGCCAACUUCUCGGCCAACAAUAGCAAUAGCAGCGUCAAGGCCACCUGUGGCCUCCAGAAGAUCAUCUACGAGGGUUCUGAAGGCCCUCGGAGUUCGGAGAAGAUACGGCAGGUCCAGGAGACGGUGCACGGGGUCACCACUGAGGAGUGUCAAGCCGCCCUGCAGAAUCACAGCUGGAGCGUGCAGAAGGCUGUCCAGUACCUGAAGGUUGAGCAGCUCUUCUGCCUGGGACUGAAGACGCGGCUGGAAUGUCACAAAGUUCUGGAGAUGUUCAACUGGAACUUGGAGCAGGCCAGUUCUCACCUGCUGGACCCCUAUAACGCCGGCCAACUCAAAAACAGCCCCCGGCACGUUAGAAGCCCCCGGAUGCUCGAACAAUCUUCGUCUUCCAGCAAAUUCAAGAUGUCCAACAUAGGAAACGAGAGCAGCAUAAGCUGCUACCCCAGGCAUGCUGAUUCACCAAGUUCCACUUCUUCGCAAGCAAGUUUUAGUUCUGCGGAUUCGGAGAUCCACAUAAAAGAGGCCGUGGGCCGUAUCCGUACUUUCCUCCAUGAAAAAUAUCAGGACGUGCCGGAGAAGUCCAAGUUCCUGGAAUGUGUGGACCUGGUUACCGCCAAUAUGGAGACCGGGAAAGAUGGCUUCUGGGAGGAGUACUACAACCCCAUGUUGCUGAGGGACAUCCUGAGGUUCCUUUCCCCAGGAAUGACUUCCGCAAAGGCUGAAGAACGAGAACAAACCCUGUCCAGGAUUGCUAAGAUCAUCAGCUGCAUCAACAGACACUGCCUGGAUAGAGAAGUAGGCUUGAAGGCCAUCAAGCUGGGGAAGGUGGCCGGGGGGCUGAUCCUGUCUUGCAGCGACCCCAACGAGAAGGUCUCCUGCUGGGCAGCCGAUGGACUCCACCGCCUCUACGCCCUGAUGGUGCACCAAAAAGGUCUGACGAAAGCGGAAGAUAAUCAGGAAUAUUUAGACCUUCUGCGGGAAUGGGAAGAAGAGAAGAUUUUCUGGCUGGCCUGGUUUUCGGAUGUCAGCAUGGCGGCUACGAUAUUCAAAAAAUACCUGCGUGCAGACGAUCAAAUGGCGCUAAUUCUGACUGCCCUCCAAGGCACGAGGGACGACAGUAUCCACAGCACUAAAGCUGCCGUCCGCAUGCUGAAAGCCAUGCUGAGGGAGCCCAGAUCCAAUUUUGUGAAGGUGCCAAAGACGGUCAGAUUAAUGCAUUCCUCCUUGGAACAAAUCACGGAUCCUUUGGCCCGCCACGAAUUCUUCCGGUUUCUCCGGCUGAUCGGCAGCAGCCAUCCCGAAGAAGUUGUGAGAACCCUCCUCAGUUGCUCCCUGCAGUGUGACUGCAGUGCCUCGGCUAUGUGGCAUUCCCUGGUAUCCUUCUCCAGCAGCGCCUGCAAGAUCCUCAGUGUCCUGCAGGAUAUUGUCCAACAGCAGCCCUUCCGCCUGGACUGUCCUCGGACAAAGCCCGCCGUCACUCCGUUGGCUGCCACGGCUGCUCUUAAGGAGAUCUUGAGGCGCCCUCCUCCAGCCUGCAAAGACGCCCUGAAAUCUAUGUACCCCACGCUCUGCAUCGCCCUGCUCUGCCAGAUCUCCUACACGGUGCAGAUCAAACCUCAGGAGAUCGACCUGUACUGGAGGACCUCCAUGCAGGAGAAAACCCCCACCCCUCCUGUCCCUUUGAGGGCAGCUCUAACCACCUUACAGACCCUCAUCCGACGUGUGAGCAGUGGGGACCAAGCCCUGAUCAUGAAUAAGCGGAGAGGAUCUGAGCUACUGUGCCAUCUGGCCACCCAGCAGAAGGGACUGACGGUCUUUGCCAAAGCGCUCGUACGCAACGAGGGGUGUGAACACAUGCUGCCCUACAUUAUGACGAUUUUGGACAGCAAGGAAGACACCGUGCAUACAAUCGUGAUGACAUUUUUGGUGGAGCUUCUUCAGCAGAAGACCUUUGAUGCGACUCUUGAAGAAGUUCUCAUCCAGUAUCUCCGGAAGCAGCUGAACGCAAGCCAAUUCCAGCUCCGAUCUCUGGCCCUGGAUGGCCUGCUCUCCCUCAGCACUCAUCCAGAGAAGGUGAUAAAACUGGUGCCCGCCUUGCCAGACAUCUUGGCCAGGUUAAAAGAUGUGAAUCGAAAAAUCAACGUAAAGGCUCUCAAACUUCUUCCAGGCCUCCUGAAGAACUUGAGCAAUGAGGAAGCGUACUUUGUCACUCUGGACGUGGCUAUUAGAAUCCUCCCUCUUUUCGAUGACGCUUCCAACAAAGUGAGGCUAGCCACAGUGUCCACCUUCUCCACCCUCUUUGACCUGGUCAAGAGGAGAAGCAAGGAUCAGAUGAGGGACGUUGCCAUCCAGAGCUUGGUGCCGCUGAUGGUCCACCUGCAGGACGAAAGCCUCCUGGUCUCCCAGGCGUGCUGGGUGGCGCUAAGGAGAAUCGAUAAGUUUUUGAAGUCUUUCCUUCAGUUUUCCAUCACUGAAAGUGACCCCUGGAAUUAUUGCACGUGGUUGUUGAGACGGUACCGGGAUGAAGGAGAAAGCAUCUUCAUGGACCAAGCAUUUGCUUUCCUGGAUAACCCCCGGCCAUCUCUGCAGGAGGCCGCCAUCAAACUCUUAGAAAUCAUUGCCCAGGAGACAAACCACAAAUCAACGGUCAACGCCAUCACUACAGCCUUCCAACGUUUUCUUGGUGGCUUCCGAGAUCAUGGAGAAUGCCACUUUUCACGAAUCUCCUUCCGACACCCUCCUGGAGAGGUGGUUUCACCGAAUAACCAUAAUCUGCAGAAGAUGAACAUCUUCUCUCAGGGAAAGAGAGGACAGUUGACCUUGAACCAUGAAUUCCACUAAUGGCUGGAUAUUUUGAACCAAAGAAAAAUUUCUCAGCGUGUUUCAAGUUGGUGGCCUCCAUCUCUCCAUUGUCCCGAUCAGCAGAAUCAAAGACACAGGUUGGAGAAGACAGUCGAUAAGGAUCUAUACCAGUUGGAUUCCUGUCGAGAAUUUGGUCUCCUUCUCCUUCCACCCCCUCUAUUCCUUAAAGUUCUUCAGCUUUGCUUUUCUCCUGGAUGUCCCAGUGAGAGAAUUUCAGAGUAAAACUGGCCCAGUCUGAAGGAUUGGGAUUCAAUUUAUUCUCCGUUUCUCCCUAUAAUUUUAUUACGAUUGGCAUCUUGGUAAUUCUCCAAAUCAGAGGAGCAGAAAAACACCUUGCCGAGAGGGGAAUCAUCGCAUUCAUUUUUUGUAGCCCAAUUUUCCCAUCUUGCCUUCCUGAGUAGGAAGCCUACGGAAUAACAUGUCUCACGAAAUAAAAUCAGAUUACAGUUGAAAUGCACAUUUUCCUCUUUCUGGCAAUGUAUGGCCAUGUCACUUGAGCUAGCCUAGUGGUGGACAUUAAAAAAAAAUAUAGGUGGCUUCCCUGGUUAUUUUUUUUUUUAUCCCCAAGAAUGAUCAUUUACCAGGAGAACAAAAUAAAGAUCCUUAUUUGA